UUCUUCAGUCCAGGCCCGGCUUCCGCCGGGUCUCCCGGCGACACUGCGGCCCCGCCCACGUCAUGGCGCCGGAGGAGGAUGCGGGGACCGAACUCUUGCUGCAGAGUUUCGAGCGCCGCUUCCUGGCGGCGCGCGCGCUGCGUUCCUUCCCCUGGCAGAGCUUAGAAGCAAAGCUAAGAGACUCAUCAGAUUCUGAGCUGCUGCGGGAUAUUUUGCAGAAGACUGUGAAGCAUCCUGUGUGUGUGAAGCACCCGCCGUCAGUCAAGUAUGUCCGGUGCUUUCUCUCAGAACUCAUCAAAAAGCACGAGGCUGUCCACACGGAGCCUUUGGACGAGCUGUACGAGGCGCUGGCGGAGACCCUGAUGGCCAAGGAGUCCACCCAGGGCCACCGGAGCUAUUUGCUGCCCUCGGGAGGCUCGGUCACGCUCUCCGAGAGCACAGCCAUCAUCUCCCACGGCACCACGGGCCUGGUCACAUGGGACGCUGCCCUCUACCUUGCAGAAUGGGCCAUUGAGAACCCGGAAGCCUUCACUGACAGGACUGUCCUAGAGCUUGGCAGUGGCGCCGGCCUCACAGGUCUGGCCAUCUGCAAGAUGUGCCACCCCCGGGCAUACAUCUUCAGCGAUUGUCACAGCCGGGUCCUCAAGCAGCUCCGAGGGAAUGUCCUUCUCAAUGGCCUCUCGUUAGAGGCAGACAUCACUGCCAACUUAGACAGUCCCAGGGUGACAGUGGCCCAGCUGGACUGGGACGUCGCGACAGUCUGUCAGCUCUCUGCCUUCCAGCCAGAUGUUGUCAUCGCGGCAGAUGUGCUGUAUUGUCCAGAAGCCAUCAUGUCGCUGGUCGGGGUCCUGCGGAGGCUGGCUGCCUGCCGGGAGCACCAGCGGGCUCCUGAGGUCUACGUGGCCUUCACCGUCCGCAACCCAGGGACAUGCCAGCUGUUCACCACCGAACUAGGCCGGGCUGGGAUCAAAUGGGAAGCCGAACCUCGUCAUGACCAGAAACUGUUUCCCUACGAAGAGCACUUGGAAAUGGCAAUUCUGAACCUCACACUGUAGGCCUCACACACGCCUUCCAACAUGACUGUGAGAAUCAAGUCAUUAUCGUGGGAAGAAUUUUUAUAUGGGAAAGCGGAUAAAACUUUCAUUGGACUAGAAUGUUUGAAGAAUGUUAAAUUCCAAACCAGGAACCAGAAACUGCCCUCUAAUAAGACAUUGGCCGUCUAAGCGUGGGGGUGCCCCCUUUCUGCCAGCAGUUCUAGUUCUUAAGAAAAUCACCAUAAAUCAGACAUGAAAAUUCUGGCUCCAAAAAUAGCAUUUUCUUUGCGCAAAUAAAAACGUGUGUAUCAAAUAUGCUGUUCCCCCAACGUGGACACACUCGGUUCCUCACAAAGCCAAGCCCGCUGCAGCUGCCACAUACCUGGGCUUACGAUGCAGCAGGUGCUGUUUUUCAAGACAGGAAUCAAAACGUUAGGAACACGGCAGAAAGGCGACACCUGGAGUAAGGACACAGGCUAAGGAGUCCUGCAGAGGUCAUGGGGAAGUCACAGGACAGUAAUAUGCUAGCAGGGGCAUGGGGCGUGAAGAACAGAAGAGAGGAAAUGUUUCUGAGCCUCCAAAGAAGAAAUCAGGGCCAACCACAGCUUCCGGGGUCCCAACCAAUUCAUUCCCCAGGCGGCACCACUGCCGUCAUUUCAGCUACUGGCCACUGGGAGGCGCUGCUUGAAAGGGUUUGCCCUGAGACUUCCAAGAAGCUGUAGGGAGGGCAGCAGGGGUCCUGGGGUUUUAGCCUCUGGCCCAGGAGUCAUGUGUCCAUAACCAAAGGGAGCACAGUCUGCACCCAGCUCUCAUCCCAUCGGAGCUGCUCCGACUCCCGCAGGUUCUUCCGGAACUGGUUUAGCUUGCCCGCAGGAUCGGGAAAGUUUGAGAAAAGCGUCUGGGAAAAAAUAAAGAGCAGAGCUUACCUCA